AUGUACGCGGCGUUUCCCCGCGGCUGGGAGAAUGCGCAGAUCUCCUCGUCUCAGCGCUCCUCCAUGCAGUCGUCGCAGAUGUCUCUCUCCCAGCACUCCUCUAGCUCCUCCCAGCUCUCUGCCCAGCUCUCUGCCCAGCUCUCUAUGCAUCGAGACUCCCGCGACUCCCGCAGCUCCCGCGACUCCCGAGGAUCUCGCAGCUCGUCGGAAGGGAUCAGGAUCAGCGGAGCCAACGAGAUGGCUGGUGUUGGGAUCUUCUUCCAGCAAGAGCCCAUGUCCGGCAGGGUGUACGUCGCCAGCAUCGUUGAGAAUGGUUCCGCAGACAGGUCGGGAGUCAUCAAGGUGAAUGACGUCAUCGUCAAGGUCGACGACGAGGACGUCCAGGGGCAACCGCUCUCCACUCUCAGGAACCUCAUCCUCGGCAGGCAGGGUACCUACGUCGUUCUUGCGUUUCGCAGGAUGACAGGGACAGAGCUGUACUACUACGAUGUUGAGCUGGUGAGGGGAACCCCGGAGUACUUCGAAUCUUUGAAGAAGAGCCAAGCUGUGGCAGAAGAGAAGGAAAAGUUGCUGGUGCAGGUCAGACAACAAGAGCAAGACAUCAUCGCCUUGCGCCAUCAAAACACUCAGAUGCAGCGAGGGUCUGAUAUCAGCGAAUUAGAUAGUCUGAAGCGGGCGAUCGCACAGAAAGAUGAGGAAAUCAAAGGAUAUAACGAGGCCAUUAGCAAACUCUCAAAGCCUGCGGCUUCCAUGUCUCCGACAGCAGCAGAAAACAGCUUCUCGACCUCGAGCAUGCGAUUGGAGAAGGAGCGGUUGAAAGAAGAUCUCGUGCAACUCACGAGAAAGCUGGAGAUUUUGAAACAAAGAUAUGAUGAGACUGUGAAGCAAAAUCGGGAAGAGGGCAAAAUGAUGCAAGCUUCGAUCGAAGGCGAGAUAACUGCAGCAAACUCGUUUUCACACAGCCUCGACAACGAGAAUGACAUGCUGUCAAAGAUCAGGGAGGAGCGGAAUGCGAUCAGCCUGCACGCGUUCACUAAGGCAAAAGAAGGUUGUGUGCUGUUGAAAGAAGCAGAGAGCAACAGUCAGAAUGAAGCUCUUUCUAGCCUUGACAUGAUCUACGCACAAGUAUUCGCAUCCCUGGGACGUGAUGGUAUCAAGUGA